UAUCGUCAGUGAGGAGGAAGUUCUUCCGGCAACAGUUUGGCUCUGCUCCCAUCCUCGAAACAACAACUGCGUAAUAAAAACAGGUUUUUUGAGGGGUGUUUGCCUCUAUUUACACAAAUACAGACAGUCUCCAGGAGCAAGCAGGAUGUCUGUGGGCAUGACCAAGGCGGAUGGGGUCACUGUGUUGACUUUGACCACCGACCCCAAUAGUGCUUGUCCACCUCUAUGCCAAAUCUUCAAGGCCCUUUGCUACAGCCCCGUGUGCUGCUCUGUGUCUCAGCAGCUGAGGAGGGUUCAGAAAACUUCUCAGUCAGUAUUGGGGGCUCUGCAGAUUAUGGUUGGCUUGCUCAACAUUGGCCUUGGAGUCGUCCUCUGGAGCGAUCGUAGGGGCCCUUGGUGGAUAAUUGAGAGCAUGUUUCCUUUUUGGCUUGGAAGCCUGUUCAUAUUUUUUGGCAUCACGUGCAUUUUGUCUGAGAAGUUUCCCAGUCGAUGUCUGGUCAUUAUCAACGUGAUUCUGAAUCUGACAGGAGUUGGUUUUGCCAUCACAGCCAUUGUACUGUACUCCAUCAAUGUGGUAGAAAGUGGCUGGAUGUGGGGGAUGUGCGAAGAUGACAGUUAUAACCAUUAUAACUACUGGUAUGGCCAUCAUGAAAGGACAACGGCAACUCCAUCUUCCGAGGACUUGAUCAUCCAGGAGAAAUGCUUGGAGGCACAAGCACUGAUUUUUACGCUUGUUAAAAGCAUUAAUGCUGUGAUGAUCGUCAUGUCGGCCCUGGAGCUCUGCCUCGUCAUCAGCUCUGUUGUCCUGGGUAUCAAAGCCCUGAAGAGCAGUCAGAAGGGAGAAAACAAGAGCACUGAUGAACCAGAACAUUACAAACCACUUCUGGAGGAGGUCACCACUUACCCUGUAGUCUAAAUGAAAAUCUGUAAGACUGUGCAUUUACACCACUGACUGUAAACACAAUCAGCCAUAAGGUCAUGGGGUAUGUUUUCCAUCAGGGGUUGCUUAAAAAUAUUUGCACUUAUAUUUUUGAUUAUAAUCUAUACUAGAUUGUAUGUGAUGCUUUCCAUAUUAUAAUCUGCUUUUUUAAACUGUUCCUAUUGGUUGUGAUUUUCUGUGCCAUGUGCCUUAGAGUCAGUAUGUGUGCAGGUGACAGGAAGGUACCUGCAUGCAUAAUGUGGUAUUGUUUGACAGGGUUUUGGGCAUUUUGUUCCAUUUAAUCUUUAUUUUAUGAUUUUAAGCCACAUGUAUUUUUAUAUAUGAAACCUUAAAGGGAAAUGUAGUGACUAGUUGUGCUCUUUAAUGACAAAUUAUAGCAAUGGCUAUAAAGAAAUGCUGUCAUGUGAAGUGAAAAAUUGAAUUAAAGCCAAUCUUUACAAAGUAUAAUCAAUCCAGCUGAUGUGAAUGCCAUUUUAUCUGUAACAGAACAAAUCCUUGAAGUACUUACUGGACUUAAUAAACCAAACUAUAUUGUAACUAAAUUAACUAGGAGUGGAUCAGGAUCAUAGUUGAUUUAUUUUACAGAUGGAAAUAAAGAACAUCUCUCAUUAA